AGCAGCGUUGCUUAGCAUAUACAUGAUUCAGAAGAGGAGGAGAUUAAGAAGAAGAAAAGACACAAUGGCUGAACCUGGAAGGAAAGAGGAUACAUGUGCAUAAAAACAUCAUAACGAGACUACAACCACGGCAGAAGAGCUGAGGAGAAGCACCAGUCCUUACAGUGAAAUGCAAAACAGCUGACAAUGGGGACCACAGCAUUGCUUUUACUUUGUCUUGUACCUGUAUUCACAUGUGCAACACAAGAGCGGCUGAGACUAAAUGUGACUCCCAAGAUUACUGCAGAGUAUGGGAAACAGGUUGUCCUGCAAUGCAGUGUGUCCUCCAUGUCUCCAAAUACACUAGCAAUCAAACAUAUGGAAUGGUCCCAAAACAAAACACCUUUAUGUUCUGUGGACAGCGAAGGAAACGUUACUAUACACAACAGAACCGCAAGUGACUUCAACUGCAUCUAUAAGAGCCAAGAGCUGUCUCUGAUCUUUCGCAAAGUGCAGCCACUGGAGAGUGGAAAAUCCACGCCCUACAUGUGCAAACUGCGCUCCGACCAAGGAGUUCGACAUGAAUAUUCAACAGUGGAGCUGGAAGAGUGUUGUGGGCACAUUGAAGGCAUUCUGACGAGUCAGGGCCCUGCUUGCACCUUCAGCCAUGUCUACCCAGACGGAGAUGUGCACUGGUUUCACGGCUCCCACAGUUUCUUAGGUGGAUCUCUGGGACACAACACUACUAAACGUGUGGAGGAGGGGGGCUGGCUGACAAUCCAUAGCUCCCUGGAGCGGGACAGCUCAGAUGAGCCCUACAACUGUUCCUUGAAGAGCACUGUAUCUGGUACAUACAUUGCGAGUACUAUGAUUCCCAAAUCUGAAUUUUUACACAGCAGUGCAGUCAGAUCACUGAGACCUGUGAGGACAGCUGUGGGUAUUUCAAUCUUACUUGCUGUCACACUGAAAUAAUGUAUUGUCCUAUGUAAUUUCAUGAUAUGAACUGUUAUAAGCUAUCAGGGUAACGUUGAUUUGGAGUAAUGAGCUACAGCGAGGUACUUAGGUUUCUGUUUUUGUUUUUUUUAAUCCCAGACUUCUCAGUUAAUGAGUCAUCUUGCAUGGUUCAAAGGUUUAUUAUCAUUCCUUUUAGCUCUUGCUGAACAAGCAAAUUAUAGACUGUUGAGAGGUGUAAACAAGGUAGCCAAUCAUUACACUGUAUAAGAUACCUUUGUUGUUGUGAUUCGAUUGAGAGUUAUGGAUGAGGGAGCAGGAUGUAUUGGUUCAAUUUAAUCGUGAUCUACAAAAUUUCUCCCACAAAUUUUUUGUAGCAUGCCAUAUAUGUAUUUUGUACUUGAGAUGACUUUAAAAUAACUCUUCAUUGGUGUGUUCACCAUACACCUAUGGCCCAGAUGUCUAUGUGUGACGACUCUUGAACUGAAUGUAGACCUUAAAAGAUGGGCUCUACUGUGAAUUUCCUUCACAAACACUGUAGUCUUUGUGGGCGAAAUAUCAAACACCUGGACCAGUCAUGUACCAACUGGUUUGUGAGUGGAUACUGCCCUCUGGUGAUUGACCUAAAUCAAAAUGUUUUCAUUUAGUGGUAUGCAGACAGCGUUGAUUUUACCUUCUAAGGUUUUUGUAAAGUGCCAGUACAAUGGAGAUAAAUGGUUUAGGAUGUUACAGAAUUUAAAACCACUUCCACAGGGACUAUUUUUCUGUAGAAACCAGCUCCAAUGAAAACCGUGGGAUGGAUUAUCUACAGCGAUGAGGAAAUAUCACUGUACAAUGCUCUGAGCAGCACAUGUGAAAUUCCAUUUAUCUCAGUCUUAUAGGCGUGGCUGCAGAAAUUUCAGAGACCUGUGCAACUAAGACCAAAACUUUCUGUAUGGCAGCAUGCCACAUAAGUGAGAAAAUAUCUUUCAGUGAUUUUGGUAAACCAACCCUUUAUGCUGGACAUAUUACAGGAGUAUCUGUGAACAUGCAGUGACAGAUCAUGUAAACAAAAUCAAAGUUAGGUACAAAAGUGUAUUAUUUUAUGUCUUUUCAUUUGAAAUUUAGCAGUGUUCUUGGCACAACAGACAAGAAGACAGAUCAUUUCUCCUGUUUCCUUCAACUUUACCUCUGUCUUUCAUUAGUCUAGUUUUUGCAGAUAUGCUGUAGCUCAGCAGGGCAAACCCAGCUCCAGGGCUAAAUCUCAGUGCACCCUCCUCAGAAAGGGUAUUUGAGAGGCUUUUCAAGUCAGAAUGACCGUGCUAAUGUGCAGUCACCAAGCUGACACCAUGCAGGGACAGGUUGAGCUUUCAGCAAGAUGAUGCUACAGCUGAGAGCUUACUGGAUAAAUGAACACAAGGACACCUUGACCAUUCCAGCACACAUGGAUACAACCAGACACAGAUCUCAUGCUCUCACUCUCUCUUUUUACACUGACGUACAUUCAUUUCCCGGAGACCUACCCUAACCUUAACACAGAUUCUCUCUCUCUCUCUCUCACACACACACACACACACACACACACCUACCUCUAUAUUUAUGAGGAUACUCACUGGCAUAAUCCAUUCCCUAGCUCUUUACCAUAACCUUAACCAUCAGAAUUAAAUGCCUAACCAUACACCUUCACCUAGCCUAAACCUAAUUCUAACCUGAACCCUAAAACUAAGUCUUAAUCCUCAAAAAGAUGUUUCAGAAAGCGAGGACCUGCCAAAAUGUCCUCACUUUCCAAAAAUGUCCUUGCUCUGUAG